AUGAGUAUGUUGAGCAGUAUUCUUUGGGUUCUAUUCUGUGUCUGCCCAACGUCUAUAGCCACAGUACUAGUGAGUAAGCUAUACAUAGCGAACCUGGUUCAUGAUGAGAAACUAUUUAAUGAGUUUUUGGUGUUGCAGAGACCUUCUAGUAGCCUCGUUGAAUGCGCCUCUCUGUGUGGCCCGCAUUGUGUAUAUUAUGGGUUCAACAGCAAGACGAAGAAAUGUAGAAUUCACAGUUGUUCUGCACUAGUCGAUGCUGUGGAGGAGGCAGGCUGGAGAUACUAUGCUUCUAAUGACCCGGAUUAUAAACCUAAAGACUGUUUGGCGGUGUAUGGGACUGGACACAAAUGUUCUGGUGUUUAUGAAAUUUACCCAGCAGGGGGCGCUAGCACGGACGUCGUCUGUGACAUGGAAACAAAGGGAGGAGGAUGGACACUUAUUCAGAAUCGAUUUGAGGGAUCUGAAGGUUUUUUUAGAGACUGGCAGGAUUACAAAAGUGGAUUUGGUUCGGCUCCAGGCGAAUACUGGAUUGGUAAUGAUGUGAUUCACGAACUGACAAAAGCAAACACCAGCUCGUUGUACGUCACAAUAACACUCACAAACGGAACAACCUUGUUUGAGCUCUAUGAAACGUUCUCAAUUUCGAGUGAACCGGACAAUUAUACGCUAUAUAUUGGUGGAGAGGCCUCUGGCACUCUCGGUAACCAGAUGACUGAAACAGGAUAUUCACACACCGAUUUGAAUGGAAUGAUGUUCAGCACACCAGACAGAGAUAAUGACCGACUUGAUUUUAGUAAUUGUGCAUUCCUUCUUCGCGGAGGCUGGUGGUUUAACGCCUGUCAUAGUGCUUACCUGAAUGGGCCCUACAAGAUAUGGCAUGUACUUUGGGAUCCUCCAUUUAGAAACACAGACAAGGUCCAGAAAACAUCGAUGAUGAUAAGGCGGAGAUAA